AUGAAACAAGAAUGCAAUGUAUGUUAUUUUAACUUGCCUGACCCAGAGUCCACCUUAGGUCCAUAUGAUAAUGAAUUAAAUUAUUUCACUUGGGGACCAGGAUUUGAAUAUGAACCUGAACCACAAAGAAAGCCAUUGUCAAUAGAAGAAAGUUCUGAAAACUCCGAAGAAUCCGAAGAAUCAGUUGCUGACAUAGAACAACUUGAAGAAAAAGUAGAUGAAAGUGAUGUGAGGAUAUAUUUUAAUGAAAAGAGUAGUGGUGGGAAAAUAAGUAUAGACAAUGCAUCUUACAAUGCUCGAAAAUUAGGUUUAGCACCAUCAAGUAUCGAUGAAAAGAAAAUUAAAGAAUUAUAUGGAGAUAACUUAACAUAUGAACAAUAUUUAGAAUAUUUGUCUAUAUGUGUCCAUGAUAAAGAUAAUGUAGAAGAACUUAUUAAAAUGUUUGCACACUUUGAUAAUAAUUGUACUGGUUACUUAACUAAGAGCCAAAUGAAAAAUAUUCUUACAACUUGGGGUGAUGCAUUAACAGAUCAAGAAGCCACAGAUGCUCUUAAUGCCUUUUCAUCAGAAGAUAACAUUGAUUACAAAUUAUUCUGUGAAGAUAUAUUACAAUAA